CUGUCUGUCCUACGAAGAGGACUCAUCUGCGACCUUGUGCAUCUUCGUUCCUUUUACGAUUCCAAACUUUGCUGCAUCCUUUAGGGCUCAUUUUCUCAUGCAUACUACUGGGUUGCAGAUGCAUAUCUAGUCGCCGUCAGCACCUGUUCAUCCGCAGCAACCCCCAUUUAGAAACGACGACAUUCUUGCCAUACUUCCGCAACCACCGAACGCCUCUGACGAAUCCAUCACACGCCUACGCUCACUUAUAACUCUUCUCUGUCAUCUACAUCUCGAAAUGAUCAUUCUUGAAGAGAAAAUGCCGGGUCUUCCUCCCCCUCCGCCGUACUCUCCUGGCGGAAAUGCUGCUCCACCCUUCCCACCGCCGUUCCCGUACAGCUCACGAGAGAGACCUACGCUGGGCAAUCUGCCCUCGCAUCUACUUUUGCGUACCGUAUACUUGACGUUCACUAACGCGUCAUGUUUGGAAAAGCAGAGGAAGACGUUGCACUGGCUCGCGGUUAGCUUAAGGAUGGUGAACAGAGCAUUUUAUGUCGGUGAGUGGCAUCCGCAGUGUCCCUCAGCGUAGCCCGUGGCUAUAACAUACGUAGCUUGUAUGCACGUCCUCCGUUCGACGUACCUUCAAGCGUACGCUUCCCUCGUCCACCCACCAUACAGCUCCGACCCUUUCCCGCUACAGUCCCCAUCCCCGUCCACCAUACCCAAACCCGCCAACUCGCACAUACAAAUUCGCUCAUUACAGCGUGAAACGCAAGUGCUGGACCUAUUCAUAACUCUAAAGGUCCGCGAGGACGUCUGGUUGGACGAAUCCGAGCUGCACCUCGAGCGUGAUGAGAGUUUCCGCGAUCUCUUCGAUCUCAUGCAGCCGCGCGCACGGACCGAGGAUCUCGUGCGGGGAUAUGGCCUGCGCGAAGGCGUAAUCAGUACGGAUGCAGAUGGAACCAUUGCCCAAACCGUGAACAGUGCAUCUUCAUCGAGGACGAAGCAGCGAACGGUGCCGUUCAACACCCUUUCUGUCUCGUUCUCGUCGAGACGUCUUGGUCUUGUGCUGAUGACGAGAGAGCGGAAGAAGACAAUUGUUGAGGUCGGGCGAGUGAAGGAUGAGAAGCUGGAGGUCGGGGCGAAGAAACUGGUGAAGGAGCUGAAAUCGUGGCUUUCGAUUAACGCUUGAUAUUCCUUGUUAACAUGCUUACGGACACACGUGUACAGUUCUGUACUGCUACGAUAGCGCUGCUAAUGUCUGUAUCCCUACUCACAGAGCUUGAUACCACAUACACGCGAGUUUACGGAGUAUGGUCGGUUCCUGUACUUAUCUCUUGUUCAAACGUAAUAUACGUUGUACCAAACGGCUGCUGCU